AUGAUGUGUAAAAAUGAAAAUGGACAAAUACUCUGGGACGGAGGUAGUAUCACUUAUUUUUAAAGAAUGAUAGUGGUUAGGAGUGGCAGGUGAGAGAUGAAUGAGAUGGGAGGCAAAGAAGGAACGGUAGCAGCCAAGGCCCUCCGCGACGGCACCGCCGCCGCAGACCUAUCUUCAGAUUCCAUCAUUUCACUCGACGGCAUCCUGCGCGACGUCGGAGUUUUCUCCACCAGCUUUCCGGAUGAGCACCAGGCCAAGGACUCCCUCUCUCACCUCACCCGCGGCCUCCUCAAAGUCCAGCACAUCCACCCCGGCAAAAUCACCUGUCUGUUCAUCGUCAAACCUGCUAUCCUGAAUGCAUUUGGUGGGAUGCACGGGGGCGCAGUUGGUGCACUAGCCGAGAGAGUGGCGAUUGCGUGUGCUAGAACAGUUGUCGGAGAGGAGAAAGAGCUAUUUCUUGGAGAGUUAAGCAUGUCUUAUCUCUCUUCUGCCCCUCUAAAUGCAGAAGUUAGGAUUCACGGGUCGGUAGUGAGGAGCGGAAGAAACUUGACAGUAGUUGCGGUGGAAUUUAAACUGAAGGACUCUGAUAAACUGACUUACCUUUCUCGUGCAACUUUGUAUCACUCACCAGCUGCGAGUUUGUGAACCUCCAACUCCUUGGCGGCUUAUUAUUCAACGCAAGAAGUUUAAUUUGGGACGGAUGGAGUAAUAUGUUUCGCGUGCAAGGCUGGAGCAAAAAGACAUUUUGCCUGUUCCUGAAGGAGCGUGUUUGGAUAUAUAAAACAUUAUAUGUUCUGCUUGAGGUACUGGCGUGUGGGGAAUUAAAUUUCAAGAAUUGGAGUGUCCUAAAUUUUCAGCUUUUUUUUCUCUUAAUUUUUUCAAUCAAAACAUGAGCAAAAGGUCCUUUGACACAAUAUUUGGAAAUUAUAUUCAUGGCCAUACCCUCCACUAGCAUUUCGCAACAAUAUUAGAAAAUUAUUCCACAAUAAGUCUUUUGAAGACGGUAUGUGAAAAAUAGUAUUUGAGUCAAAAGAUUGAUUAUGGAAUAAUAUUUUAAUAUUGAA